AUGCCAAAUGGCGAGGAAACAAAAGUGCGCGAUCUUGUCACACGAACAACUGACGUAUUGAAACGAGCAAGUGCUGGACCGGAUGAUAUCGGCUCACGUUAUUCUCGGCUGCUGGAACUCCUGUGGAGGCCCAAGGCUGCGACAAUUGCCUCCCCGGCUGGAACACAUCAGAGCAGUGAUUUCCAGGUGCAGAGUAGCACUAUACCCCAUCGCUUGCCUGAGCAAAGUAAUUAUAUGCAAUUCAGCCCAGCGAACGAUUUCUCGUGGUUGGAUCUUGAAGCAGUUGGGGACUACGUCUCGGGAGACCAAUUACCCGGAGCGAACACAUUGGCGUUCGAUUCGUUCCAGAACCCCGAUCCGUAUCAGACAGGGCAGGACCGUUCCCAAGCCUGGCAGCCAAAUUGGCCUGGAGAUAUGACCAACCUCCUGUUCUAG